AUGGAGCUCUCGGAUGUGCACUGCCUUAGCGGCAGCGAGGAACUCUACACCAUCCACCCGACGCCCCCGGCCGGCGACGGCGGGAGCGGCUCUCGGCCGCAGCGGCUGCUGUGGCAGACGGCGGUGCGGCACAUCACCGAGCAGCGCUUCAUCCACGGGCACCGGGGCGACGGCGGCGGGGGCUCACGCAAAGCCUCGAACCCUGUGGGCAGCGGACCCAACCACCACGCGCCGCCGCUGUCUGGCGAUUCGACGCUGCCCCUCUAUUCUCUGGGCCCCGGAGAGCGAGCGCACAAUACUGGCGGUACCAAAGUCUUCCCGGAACGCAGCGGGAGCGGCAGUGCCAGUGGCAGCGGGGGCGGGGGCGACCUGGGCUUCCUGCACCUUGACUGUGCCCCGAGUAACUCGGAUUUCUUCCUCAAUGGGGGCUACAGCUACCGUGGGGUCAUUUUCCCUACCCUACGCAACUCCUUCAAGUCUCGGGAUCUGGAGCGCCUCUACCAACGCUAUUUCCUGGGCCAGAGGCGCAAAUCCGAGGUAGUUAUGAACGUGCUGGAUGUACUAACCAAACUCACCCUCUUGGUCCUCCACUUGAGCCUGGCCUCGGCCCCCAUGGAUCCACUCAAGGGCAUCCUGCUGGGCUUCUUCACCGGCAUUGAGGUGGUGAUCUGCGCCCUGGUGGUGGUCAGGAAGGACACCACAUCGCACACCUACCUGCAAUACAGCGGAGUGGUCACUUGGGUAGCUAUGACCACCCAGAUUCUGGCAGCGGGCCUGGGCUAUGGGCUUCUGGGAGACGGCAUAGGCUACGUGCUCUUUACACUCUUCGCCACCUACAGCAUGCUUCCCCUGCCGCUCACCUGGGCCAUCCUGGCGGGCCUGAGCACAUCGCUGCUGCAAGUCACCCUUCAAGUGCUCAUACCCAGGCUUGCGGUCUUUUCAAUCAAUCAGGUCCUGGCCCAGGUGGUGCUAUUCAUGUGCAUGAACACAGCUGGGAUCUUCAUCAGUUACCUGUCGGACCGCGCCCAGCGCCAGGCCUUCCUGGAGACACGGAGGUGUGUGGAGGCCAGGCUACGCCUGGAGACAGAGAACCAAAGACAGGAGCGGCUUGUGCUGUCUGUGCUUCCCAGGUUCGUCGUGCUGGAAAUGAUCAAUGACAUGACCAACGUGGAGGAUGAGCACCUGCAGCACCAGUUCCACCGCAUCUACAUCCAUCGCUAUGAGAAUGUCAGUAUUCUUUUUGCAGAUGUCAAAGGAUUUACCAACCUCUCUACGACCUUGUCCGCUCAGGAGCUGGUCAGGAUGCUCAACGAGCUCUUUGCCAGAUUUGACCGGCUGGCCCAUGAGCAUCAUUGUCUUCGUAUUAAAAUCCUGGGGGACUGCUACUACUGUGUGUCUGGACUGCCUGAGCCCCGCCAGGACCACGCCCAUUGCUGUGUUGAAAUGGGCCUCAGCAUGAUCAAAACCAUCAGGUAUGUGAGAUCCAGAACGAAGCAUGAUGUUGACAUGAGAAUUGGAAUCCACUCAGGCUCCGUGCUAUGUGGCGUGUUGGGUCUGAGGAAGUGGCAGUUUGAUGUCUGGUCUUGGGAUGUGGACAUUGCAAACAAACUUGAAUCUGGAGGGAUCCCUGGGAGAAUUCACAUUUCCAAAGCCACCCUGGAUUGCCUCAAUGGUGACUACAAUGUGGAAGAGGGCCAUGGUAAAGAAAGGAAUGAGUUCUUGAGGAAGCAUAAUAUAGAGACCUAUUUGAUUAAACAGCCUGAGGAGAGCUUGCUAUCAUUGCCUGAAGACAUAGUCAAGGAGUCGGUGAGCUCCUCAGACAGGAGGAACAGUGGGGCAGCCUUCCCAGAAGGAUCCUGGAGCCCAGAACUGCCUUUCGACAACAUCGUGGGCAAACAGAAUACUCUGGCUGCCCUAACAAGAAAUUCAAUAAAUCUGCUUCCAAACCAUCUCGCACAAGCUUUGCAUGUCCAGUCUGGGCCUGAGGAAAUUAACAAGAGAAUAGAGCAUACCAUCGACUUGCGGAGUGGCGAUAAGCUGAGAAGAGAGCAUAUCAAGCCAUUCUCACUGAUGUUUAAAGACUCCAGCCUGGAGCACAAGUAUUCUCAAAUGAGAGAUGAAGUUUUCAAGUCAAACUUGGUCUGUGCAUUUAUCGUUCUUCUGUUCAUCACUGCGAUUCAAAGUUUGCUUCCUUCUUCCAGGCUGAUGCCGAUGACCAUCCAGUUCUCCAUUCUGAUCAUGCUGCACUCUGCCCUGGUCCUCAUCACCACAGCAGAGGACUAUAAGUGUCUGCCCCUCGUCCUCCGCAAAACCUGCUGUUGGAUUAAUGAAACGUAUCUGGCCCGGAACGUCAUCAUCUUCGCUUCCAUCCUGAUUAAUUUCCUGGGAGCAGUCCUAAAUAUCCUGUGGUGUGAUUUUGACAAGUCGAUACCCUUGAAGAACCUGACUUUCAAUUCCUCAGCUGUGUUUACAGAUAUCUGCUCCUACCCAGAGUACUUCGUCUUCACGGGGGUGUUGGCCAUGGUGACCUGUGCGGUUUUUCUCCGGCUGAACUCUGUCUUGAAGCUGGCUGUGCUGCUUAUUAUGAUCGCCAUCUAUGCCCUGCUGACCGAGACCAUCUAUGCGGGUCUCUUUCUGAGUUACGACAACCUGAACCACAGUGGAGAAGAUUUCCUGGGGACCAAGGAGGCGUCACUGCUGCUGAUGGCCAUGUUCCUCCUUGCUGUGUUCUACCAUGGACAGCAGCUGGAAUACACAGCCCGCCUGGAUUUCCUGUGGCGAGUACAGGCCAAAGAGGAGAUCAACGAGAUGAAGGAGCUGAGGGAACACAAUGAAAACAUGCUGCGUAAUAUCUUACCCAGCCAUGUGGCCCGUCACUUCCUGGAGAAAGACAGAGACAAUGAGGAACUAUAUUCACAAUCCUAUGAUGCCGUUGGGGUGAUGUUCGCUUCCAUUCCCGGAUUUGCAGACUUUUACUCUCAGACGGAAAUGAACAACCAGGGCGUGGAAUGUCUGCGCUUGCUGAAUGAGAUCAUCGCGGACUUCGAUGAGCUGCUUGGGGAGGACCGGUUUCAAGACAUAGAGAAGAUCAAGACCAUUGGCAGCACAUACAUGGCUGUCUCAGGACUGUCACCAGAGAAACAGCAAUGUGACGAUAAAUGGGGGCACCUGUGUGCCCUGGCUGACUUCUCUCUUGCCCUGGCCGAAAGCAUACAGGAGAUCAACAAGCAUUCGUUCAACAAUUUUGAACUCCGAAUUGGCAUCAGCCAUGGCUCAGUGGUAGCAGGUGUGAUUGGCGCUAAGAAACCACAGUAUGACAUUUGGGGUAAAACUGUGAACUUGGCAAGUCGAAUGGACAGCACAGGGGUGAGUGGCCGGAUCCAAGUUCCAGAGGAGACUUAUCUUAUCCUGAAGGACCAGGGCUUUGCCUUUGAUUAUCGAGGAGAGAUCUAUGUGAAGGGGAUCAGUGAGCAAGAAGGAAAAAUCAAAACAUACUUUCUCCUCGGAAGAGUCCAACCCAACCCAUUCAUCUUGCCCCCAAGAAGACUGCCCGGGCAAUACUCUCUGGCUGCAGUUGUCCUCGGCCUUGUCCAGUCUCUCAACCGGCAAAGGCAGAAGCAACUACUCAAUGAGAACAGCAACACAGGCAUCAUCAAAGGACAUUACAACCGGCGGACUUUGUUAACACCCAGUGGGCCGGAGCCUGGAGCACAAGCUGAAGGCACCGACAAAUCCGAUUUGCCAUAAAAGCAUUUUCUUUGUGUUUCUUUCUCUUUUUUUGUAUUUCUUUUAUAUAUAAA